UGAUUGCACCAUGUAAAUUAAUUAUAUCUUGCCAUCAAAUUAAAAUUAUCGCUUCCUGUCAGUCUGCUUAUCAUCGACGAAUAAAAAUAAUCACGAACCCACCACUUCACACGAAUUCACAUCACCAGUGCAGUUGUAGUGUCAUGUCAUACAUGUCAAGUUUUCGCGAGUGUACGAUUGAAAAAUAAAUUUAUUUUGCUGAUAUAUCAUUAAUAAUGGCAGAUUUGCUAAGUAUUCACGAUGAUAUUAAAUUAUACACAACCUCAGAUAAAUUCUAUUUGGAGCCCACAAUCCACCCUACGGAGAUACUGGUCAUAGACCGUGUGACUGGGGAGGCGGUUGUCAAAGAAUAUGGCUCAGUAAAGAUCCCCAUACCAGCGAAUGCUUACCGUCCAGUAUGUGGUUUCCUCGGAUCCAUAAAGCUCCUAUCUGGAUUAUAUUUAGUUGUAGCCAAGUACAGGAUAUUGAUGGGCAAGCUAAACGGGCACGAUAUAUAUCAGUUGGCGGGAGCAGACAUCAUUCCUUACGCUCGCUCCAACACGCACCUCACUAACAAACAGAUAGAAGACAACAACACAUACGAGCGCAUGGUACGGCUGGCGCUGGACACGCCCGGCAUGUACUUCUCGUACAGCUACGACCUCACGCACUGCCUGCAGCGCCUGCACUCCGUCACGCCCGACUUCCACAGGAUGUCUAUAACGAAUCGUGCAGACCCCCGUUUCCUGUGGAACGGCUUCCUGCUUCGAGACUUCUCUCAUCACCAGUAUUCACGGUUCACGCUGCCCCUCAUACAAGGCUUCGUGUCUAUAAACAACGUGACAGUGAACGGUCACCAGCUGACGUGGUCGCUAGUGUCACGGCGGUGCGUCGACCGCGCUGGUACCAGGUUCUUUAUGCGGGGGGUCGAUGCUCAGGGCAACGUAGCAAACUUCGUGGAAACAGAACAGAUAAUAGAACGGGGUGGUGAAAAAUCCUCCUUCGUGCAAACCCGGGGCUCCAUCCCGUUGUUCUGGAGUCAGUACCCGGAUAUAAAGUACAAGCCGGCUAUGCAGCUAGCUCACGAAGACCAUGUGGCAGCUUAUACUAAGCAUUUGAGAGAUCAGCAGCAGAGAUAUGGCAAUCAGGUGCUGGUUAAUUUGAUUGACCAACACGGCAAAGAGGAGGCGUUAGAGCGCGGGUUCCGCGCGGCGGUGGCGGCGGCGGCGCUGCCCGGGGUGCGCUAUGAGCCCUUCGACUUCCAUGCCGAGUGCCGCUCCAUGCGAUACUAUAGGCUCAACGUGCUUAUAGACAGGAUUGCGCAUGAACAGACAGAAUUCGGCUACUUCCUAUCCCGAGGAGGCACAGUCCUACUCCGACAAAGCGGUGUGUUCAGAACAAACUGCGUGGAUUGUCUCGACCGUACCAAUGUAGUACAAAGUCUAUUAGCUCGACUACAGCUUAACGCGGCGCUUAGAGUGCUAGCAGUCACAUCCAGUGAUGAUGAGAAACAUCCUUAUUUGGAUAAGCUGUUUAAUAAUGUAUGGGCAGACCACGCAGACACGAUUUCUACCCAAUACUCGGGCACCGGGGCUCUGAAGACAGAUUACACGAGAACUGGCAAAAGGACGCAUCUCGGGCUCAUUCGAGAUGGUAUUAACUCGCUCACUCGGUACUACAAGAAUAACUUCAGUGAUGGGUUUAGACAAGACUCGAUCGACUUGUUCCUGGGUAAGUACGUGAUCGUAGACGGCGAGGGCAAUACGCUGCCGUGCCCGCUGCGACGCGACAGGGACUGGAAGUAUAUUACGUUCCCAUCAGUGCUACUGGUCGCCAUGUCGAUGUUCUGCGCGUCGGCGACUCUGCCGCAGCGGUACAGCAGCGAAGUGCUGCUGUACCUCAUGUUCUGGGGAGCUGCCGUCACUGCCACGCUCACGUUCAUAUUCAGACACGGCAAAGAAUUCGUGGACUGGCCCCGGCUAGACGCGGGGGGGCUCGCAGCCGCGCGCUCGCUGCCGCCGCCGCAGUCGUUAUGAUCGGAGACUUGCCGCUCGUAGUCGUCGUCUAACCCUCUUACAGCAGUCGGGUAAGAGUGUCAAACAGCUGUUAUGUACUAGUGUUGUUGGGUUUUGAAUUUUGAACAGAGUA